UACCUGGGAGAGGGAGGAGAGCAGAGAUGCUGUUUGGGACAGGCAGGGAGACAGGCAGCACCUGAGACACAGAAGAGGACAAGUUGUGACCAGGACAGAGGAGGGGGAAACAGACAAGAGGGCUGGUUUUAUCCGGAGCACAAAAUAGGACGAUUACCUAACGUAUACUUUACCUUCAAGUAGAGUACAUAAGCUUCAGCCGUACCUGGGAAAAGAAGAAUAGUUCUGUCACCUGAGACAUACUGAAGCAGAGGUAUUACUCAAUAGAGGGAUCAACCAGGAUAGAAGCAUCACAAGGGUAAAAUAAAAGAGGAACUCUCUCUAUCUCUGCAAAGUUAUUACCAUAGGAGUGUGAUAUAUUAAGGGGUAUUACAUGGGACAAUAAGAGGAAAUAUCUGAGCGGAGAUACAGGUCCCAGUGAAUCGGGCAGGUAUUGUCUGAACAACAGCGGCUAACUGGACUGAAAUGAUCCACACACAGCUCUUCUGAUCCAUCUUCAUCCAUGGAAAAUCCCCCGCCCUACACCAGUACGCCAUAUCCAGCAUAUCCCGCUUACCCUCCGCCAGGCGGCCAUGGCAUAUCUUACCAGCCAUAUACCAUCCAGCCAGGUCCUCCGCCCCCACCUUAUGUUAUUGAGAGGCCACCUUCGCACAAGUUGCCGUUUUCCUGGUUUUCCAGACGUUGGACCACCGUUUUUAUCUUCAUAAUCUUCAUUGUCGUCCUCAUUGGGCUGGGUCUGAUCACUGCAUACAAAUUAAAUGCGUUCAAUGGAUCAUCUUCCAACGGCAUCCCACGAGAACACUGUUUCUCCAACAUGACUCGGUGCAAUGGAGUGGCUGAGUGUUCUAAAGGAGGCGAUGAGGCUGGAUGUGUGCGCUUUCUCUGGGAUAACUCGCUGCUUGAAGUCAUGUCACGUAAGAAGGAGGACCUAUGGCUGCCGGUAUGCUCCACGGGAUACAGCAGUAACUUUCCAUCGUACGUGUGCCAACGGUUUGGAUUUGCCGAACAACCGACUACACAGGUGGUAACCAUGAGUGACAAUUCCGCCAAUGUAGGACUCUAUACCGCUGGAACAUCUGACACAAUCCAAGGAAGUUUGGAAAGCCAAACCUGCCCGACUAACCAGUACCUGUCUCUGAGAUGUUCAGACUGUGGUCUGCAGAAGAUGAGUCGUAUCAUCGGGGGCACACAGGCCAACGCCGGGGAGUGGCCAUGGCAGAUCAGUCUGCAAGUCCACACAACAAAAGGAUAUGAACACAUUUGUGGGGGGACAAUUAUCAGCAACCAGUGGGUUGUGAUUGCAUCUCACUGUUUCUCAAGCAAUGUGCCCUUGAAUUACAUGAGGGUAGUCGCUGGCACAAUCAGCCUGGCCCAGAGUCGCAGCUAUUCAGGUAUCGCAGCCUUCAUUAGGAACGAGGAUUACAAUACUGAUACGGAUGAUUAUGAUGUGGCUUUGAUAAAACUGAAGGAGCCCUUCACUUUUUCAGCUACCAUUCAGCCAGCCUGCCUUCCAAUGACCAAUCAAGACUUUAACCCCAACACCAAAUGCUGGAUCACUGGAUUUGGUAAAACUGUUGCCACUUCUGAGGAUGCGUCCAAGGUCCUGAUGAAGGCAGAAGUGACCAUUAUCAGCACUGCCGUCUGUAACGGCGUUGGCGUCUAUAACGGAGCCAUUACUGAUAGAAUGAUGUGCGCUGGGGAACUGAGAGGAGGAACAGAUUCAUGUCAGGGGGACAGCGGAGGACCACUGGUGUGUUUGCAGGACAAUCGCUGGUAUUUGGCUGGAGUGACCAGCUGGGGAACUGGAUGUGGGCAAGCCAAUAAGCCUGGAGUGUACACCCGUGUUACUUCCAUCUUACCGUGGAUUUACAAACAGCUGGAGAUGAAUCGAUGACCUCUUCCCUGAGUACCAGGAUGCAACAUCAUUUGUGAAAGGCCAAAACUCCAGUGAUGGGAAAUAAUGGGGGUGGGGGGUUAUUUAUAAAUAAAAAAUGGAGAAGAAAUGACAUUCACAGUGUAUAUUGCUUCAUCACGUUAUUGCUCCAUUUGUUAUGUCUACAGUAACAAAUAAAUAUAAACCCAACGACACCAAGAAGCUCAAAUGUUGCUAUCGAGAGGCCAUCCAAAAGCCUUCUGAGAGCAUAGACCUUCUGGUGUCUUGCUGAAUGGGCCAAAGAGAGAGAGUCUGGUUAUGUGAAGACCUUCAAAGGAGCUCCAACCUGGGACAAGAUCAGGACUUUUCUUGUUGGUUAAAAGUGAUGUAAAAGCAAUGUCAUAAAGAGUAUUUCCUCUAUCAACAGCCUAAAAUGAUUACUUGUUCAGGGUGCAAUGUCAGUGCUUCAUUCUAUGGAAAAAGGGUGCGGGCACUCACCUAAAGUUACAGAUGGAUACAAGAUAUAUAGUAGCUUCCACGCUCUGGAUGUGUGCAGAUGAUUUGUUUUACCCAUUUCUGAAAAGAUUUCACUGAUUUCUUCCUGUUUCUGGAGCUAGUUAUAUAAGUAUAAAAAAUUAGAGCAACAGCAAAAAGUCCAUAAAGAAUAGGUGCCGGAACUACAUGCAUCUGAGGAAUAGGUGCCGGUACUACAUACAUCUGAGGAAUAGGUGCCGGUACUACAUGCAUCUGAGGAAUAGGUGCCGGUACUACAUGCAUCUGAGGAAUAGGUGCCGGUACCACAUGCAUCUGAGGGGUUCAGUAUGUUUGACCGCUGGACGGGAUGCCGACGGUCACAAUACCGACGCCUGGAUCCCGAUGUUUGAAAUCCCGACAGGGGCGAGGUAAGUAGGCUACCCCAUUUCCUCUAUCCCUUAUCCCUAACCAUCUGCACUUACAGCCUAACCCUAACCUCCCCCCUUAGUGCCUAACCCCAUCCUCCACCCUGAGGUGCCUACCCCUUACCCCCCCUUCCUUGCAGCUUAACCCUAAACCUCCCCCCUUAGUGCCUAAACCUAACCUCCCCCCCUCCCCCCCCCCCACCCCCAGUACGUAGCAAUAACUCUCCCAUUCCCAGCAGCCUCACCCUAACCCCACAGCCUAACCCAACUGGGUGGCGCCCAAACCACACACCCCUCCACCCACAUACACACCUCCCCAGGCCUUAACCCUAAGCCGCCCGCUAUCAAUAUAUAUUUACGGUCCGGAUGCCGGCUGGCAGAAAUUCCGGCGUCGGCCUUCUGACCCUGAUAGGAUUCCGGCGUCGACAAUCUAACGGGUGUCGGGAUUCUGACAUCUGUAUCUUAACAGCAUCCCCUCCUAAGUACCACCACAAAAAAAGCACUUAGCGAGGCCAUGGAGCAAGAUGGCUGCUCAAUUAUCAAGACAAGUACUGUAUAUUAUUGCAAUUUUUAGAACAAAAAAUGAAUUUCAUAACAUGUCAUAAGUAACCUCUAUUAAGCUCUUUAUGCCAAAAUGUCUGCAAAAAUUGCAGCUUAUUGCCAUCCAUUUGUGCAGAUGAACCUAGAUCUGCAUACUGUACUUUAAGAUUAAGAACAAAGCAAUUGUGUUUUGCGCAUCUUGUAAUAAAUGUAUUUAUAAAAUAAUGUGGAAAAUGUUUAUAAUGAUUUAUGAAGUUAAUAAUACCAUGUGAAAAGUAAUUUAUUAUAUGAAUGUGAGAGUGUUCUACUGUAUAAUUACAAUAAAUAUAGUAAUAAAAAUAUUUUUUUCUUUU